UACAAGUGACGUUUGUAAAUUAAUAUUAUGCAAAAUAAUUAAAAAUAAACAAUGGAUACUACAAUAACAAAUAUUCCUGAUAAUAUAUUAACACAAUCAUAUCCUGGUGAAAUAGUUGUCACAAUGGAUUCUAAUUCAUCCCCAAUUUGUCGUGCUUGUUUAGCUGACAAAAACCUACAAAGUUUAUUCAUCGAACAAAAACAAUUAUCAGAAAAUGAGAAUUUAAUCCUAAAAAUGUUCAUCUCCUGUACAGCCCUCGAUGUGUCCCCAGACGACGAGUACCCCAAAUACAUUUGUGAUUUGUGUCUUCGAGACUUGUACAAAGCCUACGAGUUUUGGACGAAGUGUCGAAACUCUUUACAGGAAUUGGAUAAACUCAAAGGUAAAAUACAAAAUGUGUAUAUUAAAGAAGAAUUUAAGCCUUUAGAUGAUCAAAAAGAUGCUGAUACGAAUAUUUGUGAUGAUGAUAAAGUUGUGAUAGAUGUGCAAAACAAAAAUGUACAUGCAAAGUUAAAUAGUAAGGUUUUCCGAAAGACUAGAGUUAAGAAAGUUAAAGGUGACCAGAAUGAUGCUGGUAUUGUAAAACAAGAAUUAGACGAUGUUAUAGAAUUGGAUGUACUAUCUAAUCAUUCUAAUCACAGUUAUCAUGACGAUAUUGACAAUAUCAGUAAUUGUGAAUACAACAUCCAUAAUGACAUAAAAAAAGAGCCCCAAGACUCCAACAAUUUACACAAAUGUACCACUUGCAACAAAAGUUAUAAAUCCUUAUACUACCUAAACAUGCACAAAAAGAAACAUUCCGGUGAACAAGUAAAACCAACCUCAAGUAUAAUCCAUUUAUGUCAACUAUGCGGUGUAGUCUUAGCCUCCAGUAGAAAUCUACGAGAACACCUAGAAUCCCACGGUGAUUUAAGAAAAUAUACUUGCAAAACUUGUGGAAAGUCAUACAAAACCAAAAGAACUUUAUACGCUCACAUGGAAAUCCAUUCUAUAGAAAAAAGACACACUUGUGAACAUUGUGGCUUUCAAGUUUUCUUACAAAUUAACUGAGCAUGUCCGGCAGCAUACAGGUGAGAAGCCUUAUCCUUGUAAGGAGUGCACAAUGGCAUUCACAAAUGCCGCUAGAUUGAAUGAACAUAUGUUGAAGCAUACGGGGAUCAGGAAUUAUUCUUG